AAAGCGCAAUGGAAGCAUCUCUAAUUAGAGCGCCAUGCAAGACCCUGUGCUGGCUGAGGUGGAUGUGUUCCUGUCGCAGGCUCUUAGCUCAACACUGCAUCUGCUACAGGUAAAGCCGUCUGCUCUAGUCGCGGUUCACUUGUUUUGUUCGCAGUACCCGUUGCGGCCAGCCCAUCUUCCAGUGGAGCCUGCCAGUGUCCAGAGUGUUAGAGUGAGGUCAGAGAGCAACCAGGUUCAGCUGCAGUUGGCAGUUUCUGCCUAUGGGGAGAACUACAGCCGCAGCCGGGGAGAGGCCUAUGCUAGAGAUGCAGACAUGGCUCCCUCUCAAACCACUCCGCUCUACCGCAGUGGAUUCAUGGACCACUAUGCCUUGACCUCCAGUCCCCAGACCCAACUGAGCCACAGGUAUGUGGUCGGAGUCCUUAGAGAUGGAGAGCUCCACCUCACUCCUCUGCGAGGGAUUGUGCAGCUGCGGCCCAGUCUGGCACACCUGGACCAGGCUGUAGCUGGCAGGAGACAUGGCUCCGCGGCUCCUGACCUUGCUGCCACUGACGGAGACACCACAGAGAGUGAGGGCGAAGAAGCAAAACCUGUUACUGUCAAAUUUGCCCGCAGAGAUGUUGGGAGGAACAGGCGUGUGACCUGGAGCGAGCUGUCAAGCAGAAAAGAUUCCCAGGAGGGAUGGGUAGACCUGAAUUAUUGCCCUCUCACCUCUCAGCAAGCAUGUGACGAGAGGAAGCUGCUCUUUUCCUCUGAUGACUGUCCUCUGCUCAGUUCAAACCUACCACCUGACGUCUACCUGAACAGACUGUGCCCGCUGCAGGGCAAGGAGGAGGAGAGGGAGCCAAGUGAGCCACCAGGUGGAGCUGUCUCUCUCUCCAAACUCAAGGCUCUUCCAGUCACUACUCAGGUCCAUGAUCUUCUCACCAGUACUGGAGUAUUGACACUCGCCCAGCUGAGCUCUCUGCUGCAGUGUGGGCGAGGCCAGCUCCCCGCCUACCUGGAGGCACUCCAGCAGCAUGGUGUACUGGUGCAGGGCUGCUGGGUCGUGUCCAGCCACACUCUCUACCGUUCUGAAAUGCAUGCUUCACUUCGGGAUGCACGAGACUAUCUGCUCUACUGCUUCAGCCAGACCAGAUGUCUUGCCAGAAAAGACGUAGCAGUUCUGACAAAGGUACCUCACGAGGCUGUGAGGCAAGUGGUGGCCUCUCUCACCUCAGGCUCCGGACUGGAGUUCAAAAUGGCAACUGACACGGAUUUCAUUCACAAGUACCCACACGUGGUGCAUCAACAGGAGGAAAAGUGGCGAAAGAGAUUUGAGGAACUGAAGUCUGCUCUGAAUCUGCCCAAAGACCUCCAGAAGCCUCCCAGUUAG